AUGGCAGUGAGCGUGAGCAAGAGUGCCGACUUCCUUACAGUCUUCAGAUGCAAGAGGCUUGCAGUCAAGCUGUCGAUUCUGACUCCUCCGAGCCGGAUGGGAAGCUUCACAGGCUUGUCUGAGCAGGUCAGCGAAGACCAUGCCAGACAGCUCCAGGAACAGGGAUGGUUCGUAAUAGAUGAUUUUUUGAGUGAAGAUAUGGCAGUGAAUCUGCGAAGUGAAGCUGAGCAAGCUUCAGCUGCUGGUAAGCUUUUGGCCCAUCGCUUCCAGUUUGGCUCUGGUACAUUUACCAAGCCACAGAUUUAUGAAGCUGACCUCCACGAUGAGACGCUUCAUUCCGUACUGCCAACUUAUACCGAACUGCUGUUCGAUGAGUCUUUAUGCAAACGUCUCGACCAGCUUUUGCCAGGCCUUGAGUUGGAGAACGGGCCAAAGGCCAAAACCGUAAAGUUGCAACGCAACUGUGGCGAAGGUGGAUGCUUCCCAUGUCACUAUGACAACAGUGGCCCACCCAGCAGGCGGAGCAUCACAUGUUUGGUCUAUCUAAAUCCGCUCUGGCGAGAAGGCCAUGGUGGCGAGUUGGUGUUGAUGCCUUUCCUGAUGCCUCAAGUUGUGAUACAACCGCUCAUGCGGCGUGCUGUGUUCUUUCGAAGUGAUUUGGUUUUGCACUCCGUGCGGCCAGCGUCUGCCGAAAGAUUUUGUUUCACAAUCUGGUUCGACAGCGCAUCCACCAAUCGAAGUUCCGAUUGCAAUUUGACCGCAAAGCUCUUGCGUGAGGAGCCGGAAGUUGUCCAGGUGCUGCAAAAGACUGCGGUGCAGCGGGCAAUUUCGCGCGCAGUGUACGCAGAAGAGUAUGAAGACUCGCUAGCGGCAUGCAUGUCGCGGGCAGCCGGUCAUGAUGAAAUGCUUCAGGCACACCAGCAGCAUGUGAGACAGCAAAUGGAGCACCCACAGUUGGGACCCUUCAUUCUGUUCUUGCGAGGCUUGAAGCCUGCUGAAGUUGAUAUGAUGGCGUACCCAGCGCCUGUCCAGCGGUUGUUAUCCGUUGGCACCGAUCCUGCCAGCAACGUGAUGGCGAGCGCCGUCAAAGGAAACUCAUGGGCCCCGGCGAUGCAUUUGCCAGUGAAGGUUGUGGCUUCAACCGGUCCGGCGACACCGGCAACGAUGACGCCAACCACUCCUGUUAUGUCCUUCACUUCAACACCAAGAACAUCAGUUACAGGCUCGCCAGCAUUGCGGUCAAGCUUUGGCACGGCAGUCAUGCACCCGCCAGUGAUACCGUGGCGAGAAGGAUUAGGCCAACAAGCAGCGACAUCCGUGUUGCAGGAGCCCAUCAUGAUGCUGCAGCCGCCGCCAGCACAGGCCUCUCCAGCUGCAACCUACACUGCGUCCAGCAGGAUGCCUCAGCACAGGUCGCCACCGCUUGCUGCAGGAGCAGCAGUAGUUGACCGAAGUGACUUGGAGACUCGCCUUCGUGCAGCAAUCCAACAGGAUCUCGACCAGCUCAUUGAAAUGCAGCUGGAAGAAUGCGGCUUGCGGAAGGAAGCGGCCACAGCAAGCUCAGCCAAAGUCAGAGCUCGGGCUGGAGGCCAACAGCGAAGUGAGUCACCUGGUGUCCGAGCAAUGGCACGUGGCCACGCAACGCCCCGCGCCAGUUGGUCCAAGUGCACGAAGCACAGUCAACUGGAAUUCGCUUAUGGUCACUUGCCAGCACAAGCUGAAGCACAGACGCCGCGCUGCCGUGAUCGAAGAUCCUUAUGUGAAAGAGCAGGGCUUGAUUCGACUCCAGUUCCGUACCGGUCAAGGAGGCCGAGGGAGAUGAGCCCUCGUGGAGUUGGCUACGGAGCGUUGACCCAGGAGCAGCUUGCAGAGAAGCUUCCAUGGCUGAAGAUACAGACCGUGCGACGAGCAGAGUGCGAGUUACGCAGUUUGUCACCAGCACGGGUGAACGACAGAUGGCGAUCUUCACUUCGACCCGAUCAGCUUGAUUACGUUCCAAGCAACACUUUUGAUAGCCUCAGGGCAGUUGAGUGCGAACGAGCCGUCCAUCUAUCAGGAACGGAUCUGGAGCACCUCGAACCUGUUUUUUAUCUUAGAACCAACUGA